ACAAAGUAUUUGGUCCUUUCGAGCUAUUCAGACACCUCCCUUACUCUGGAAAAGCAGUCAUGUCGAAUAAUUUCAAUGAGGUAGAAAAAAGUAACUCGUUUUAUGAAAGACCGACUUUAGUAGGUUCUACAAAAAGUAAGAGUAUGCAUGUAAGUUCCGCCUCUAAGAAAACUAGAAAAGCUAAACUACUAGCAAUCCAGGAAGAAAUAGACGAAAUUCAAGAUAGCAUUUUCUUAAAACAAGAAGAAAUAUUUAAUUUAGAAUGUGAAGUAGCUGAACUAAAAGGCAAAGAGAUAAUCUCACAAAAGGACGUAGAAGCCAAAGAAGGUGAGAUAAAUCGAAAGAAAAAGCUUUUAAACUUGCUAGAAUCUAAAUUAGAAAAUAAAAAGACCUUCUUUAGCAAAUAUGAAGAAUAUUUUAAUAUAAAUUCAGACUCAAAUGAAUCAGAAGAUUCUAGAAGAGAUUUGAGAAGUUUGAGUAUUGAAAAAUCAACAAGGUUGAGAAAUACGGAAGAAUGGGUAUCAAAAAAUCAUCAAUGUCUUGAUUAUUCUCUUGUUUCUCACAAUAAUGAUGUAGAAAACUUAACUAAGUCAAUCAAUUCAAUGUUAACUCGCCAAACUGUAGGGAAACAAUUAAUUAAUUUUGAUGGAUCUUCGCAUCUAAAAUGGCCUAUUUACUAUUCACAAUUUCUGCUAACAGACAAAGCCUGCUUGUUUUCCCCAGAAGAAAAUGUACUAAGACUAAAUGAUAGUCUCAGUGGAGAAGCGAGGAAAUCAGUAGAAAUGCUUCUUAUAACUGCUCGAAACCCCGACAAAAUAUUAAACAUUUUAAAACAAAAGUACGGAAGACUCGAAGCAAUUAUGGAAGAACUACUAUCCAAAGCACACCAAAUAUCUUCUGUAGAAAGUGCGGAAUCGUUUAUUGAUUUUAAUAGUACUGUACAAAAUCUGGCAGCUGCAAUUAAUGAAGAUUUGGCUAACUAUAUCGAUGAGAGGCAUUUAUUAGCAAUUUUAGUUAACAAACUACCUCCUCACUUGCUAACACAAUGGGGUAGUUACUUGAUCGACCACAAAGUAGAAGAUCAUAAAGAGUCUUUACAAGAUUUUUCAAACUGGGUACAACAAAUGUCAAAGAUGAUAUCAAGAAUUUCAUUUGUUUCCAAAAAUACCAAUCCUACCUUUCACCUCCAUGAUUCUACAAAUGGUAUAAAAUUGGAAGAAAAUCUUCUCAAAAAUAACGUAGUACCAGUAACUAAAAAAAUUUGUUGCGAGUGUAAAAGAACGCUGGAAGAUAGUACAAAAAUGCAAUGCAUGCUGCCGCUGUUUACGUCAACAUUAUGGAAAAUGUAA